AUGCAGCAGGAUCCAUGCAAGCACACACACACCACACAGCACCACCGCAAAUCCGCGGAGGAAGCACGAGCAGGCAGGCGGAGGACUUGGCACGUCCGUGCGUUGCGAGUGGCUGCGCAGCUCCGACCAGCAAUUGAUCGAUCGAUUCGAUUGUGAGUGUGCAUGGCUGCUGCCGGUUGUAUCAUCACCUCGACCAUCAUCACCACAAAGCCUCACUUUGACCGCGGACUUGUGACUCUUUAGUGACCAAUCGACAGCUGGGCCUAGCGCCUCAUCAGGCUUUUGCUACCAGCAGAACGCGUGGCGCUCCAGACGCUCAUCCUAG